AUGGCUUCCGUAUUCCAGCAGGCCUCCAAAGCCGCCAAGGGCAAGCGCAAGGCUGAUGCCCAGGACGAACAUGCCGUUGCCACUCCCAUCCGUAGAAACAAGCAGAGAAUUCUCAUGCUCCCUUCACGCGGAGUCACCUCCCGCAUGCGACACCUGAUCAACGACCUGGAAGCGCUCAUGCCUCACGCCAAGAAGGACUCGAAGCUCGACUCGAAAUCGCAACUUCACCUACUCAAUGAGCUUGCCGAGCUCAACAACUGCAACAACGCUCUUUACUUUGAAGCAAGGAAGCGCGAGGAUCUGUACAUGUGGGCAUCCAAGACACCAAAUGGACCGUCUGCCAAAUUCCAGGUGCAGAACAUUCACACCAUGGACGAGCUCAAGAUGACCGGAAACUGCCUCAAAGGAUCACGACCGAUCCUCUCAUUCGACAAGGAGUUUGACGAAAAGCCGCACUGGACUUUGAUCAAGGAGAUGUUCACACAGAUGUUCGGUGUACCAAAAGGAGCACGAAAGUCGAAGCCAUUCGUAGACCACGUCAUCUCGUUCUCCAUCGUCGACAACAAGGUGUGGUUCCGCAACUAUCAGAUUGUCGAGUCAGACCCUGGCGCAACAGCAAUGGCCAAGCUGGACGAAGAGCAGCAAGGCAAGAAAAAGUUAGGUGCCGGCAAGGACUCAUCAAGGCAACCCAAGCUUGUCGAGAUUGGACCUCGUAUGGUGCUCUCGCCCAUCCGUGUCUUUGAAGGUAGUUUUGGUGGCGCUACCGUGUUCGAGAACCCUGAAUACAUCUCGCCGAACGCUAUCCGCCACAUGGUUCGCAAGCAGAAGGGUGACAAGUACGCAGCACGUGUCAACCAACAGGAGUCUUUCCGCACAAAGAAGGAUCGUCUCAAACCGCAGGAGGACGCUCUCAGCCGCAACAAGGUCUUCUCCUGA